AUGCAACGUACACUACCUAACAUCACUUUAUCUGAAGAAGACGCUGUUGCAGGAACAAAUCGUAUUCGAUUGUUGCGAGUGGAAGAGACAAAAAAUGAUGGUCGAUGGGCAGAUAAAAUGAGAAAUUUACUACAAAUUCAUGAAUACCUUUGUCAUAUUGGUGAAGCUAUAGAGUGGAUAGAAAGCUUUCUGAACGAAAAGAUUGAUGACAAUGAUAACAAAGAGGCCUCCAUCCUACACUUGGAGCAAACAUUACAUGAUGGUGUUGUGCUAGCCAAACUGGCCAAAAGAAUUGACCCUAAUAUUAUUGGUGAUAUUAUCUCAAGCGAUGCCAAAUUCAAGUUUCUACGUUCUAACAAUAUCAAUGCAUUUUUAACUGUCAUAAGAGAAGUAGGCUUACCCUCCAUCUUUUGGUUUGAGUUUGUGGAUUUGUAUGAUGGUAAAAACAUGCCCAAAGUAAUUUAUUGCAUCCACGCUUUAAGUCACUUGCUACAUUCAACAGAUUCUGCACCCAAAAUCAAAGAUUUAAAUGGCGAAUUCAACUUUUCUCAGGAUGUAUUAGUGGCAACUCAACGCAAUUUGGAAAAAUCAGGUGCUAUCAUGCCAAACUUCAAUAACCUUGGCUCCUCUCUACAAAAAGAGCUCGAUGGAAAAUCCGGCAAAAAAACAAGUUAUGCAUUCAAACCUAUUGAAGAACCAUUGCUAGACGAAGACCAAGAUCUUUUACCGAGAAUUCGUCAUUUUAACAAAAAUACGCCUGAUUUAAUGGUUAAUGAAUUAUAUGAUUCUGACUCGGAUUCUCAAACAUCUUCCAGCGAUGAGCAAGCAAGUACUUCAUUACCAAUUAUGCAGCGAUUUCAAUACUUUGAAUCUGUAGCUGAUUCAACUAUUAGCAGCUCAGGAUCCGAGGUCGAAUUUGAAGACACUGUCUCUAAUUAUGAUGAAGAAGAAAGAACUGAAGUGCUCGAAAAUCAUUUCUCUAGGCCUGAAAACCAAAACGUACUUGUGUCUGCGCAAGGAUGUAUUCGUACCUUCAUGGCACGCAACAAACUGCAGAAAAUCAAGGAUCAAUCUCGAUGCCACUCUUUUCAAUCCUCCGUACAAGGUAUACAGGCAAGAAUUCAGACUUCGACUAUGCGCCAACAAUUUGGUGAAAAAAGGCGAGAGAUGUUUUCGUACCCUGAAGAUUGGGUAAUCGCUUUACAAUCCAUGAUUCGUCGAUACCUGGCCAUAAAGCAAAUGGAUGAACAAUAUCACAACAUUCAACAAUAUGAGUUACAGACGGGCAAAUUAAGAACUGAAGGCAGAUUCCGAGCACAGUUCCAUGAACGCACUUAUCAAAAACUCAAAUCCGAAAAGAACCCUUCUCUCGGUAUGGUCAAGAGUGUGUUGCAUAUGCUCAGUAACAACGACGUUGAUUUCAAUGAAGACUUGAUUAUUGAGGAUCUUCGUCAGAAAAUUGUCGAAUCAAUUCAAGAAAAUAACCAGCUGGAUAGUCAAGUCAGCAUGGUAGAUAUUCAGAUUGCUUUGCUCUUAAAAAACGCAGUGACACUGGAUGAAGUUGUGAAACUGAGCAAUGCAUUCUUUAACCCAAACCGCAAAAAGCAACAACAGCAACGAUUUUCAGAACUUGUAUCAUCAAAUCCUUCUAACAGUCCCUUUGAUUUGCGUGGGGUUGAUAAGAACAACCGCGAUAAAUUAGAACUGUAUCAACAAAUGGUUUAUUUGCUUCAAACAGAGCCUGUGUAUCUGGCACGUCUCAUGUCGAUUACUGGUAGCCAAGUACAUGGUGAAAAGAAGGGGCAACGCAAAAUUGACGCAACUGUAUUGGCUUUAUUUGGUUAUGGCACCAAUGCUCGUGAAGAAUGUCUUCUGAUCAACUUGUGCAAGGCUUGUAUUGUGCAAGAGAUGAAGCAUGUCAAGAGCCCUCAAGAGUUUAUGCGAGGAAACUACACAUUUAUGAAACUAGUUGUGCAAGUUAACCGUGGUGCUAAAGAAAGAGAAUUCUUUUCUUCCUUGUUUAAGGGUUUAUUUGAAAGGGUGUUGAAUGACAACGACUUGGAUUUAGAAACAAAUCCUAUUGCUAUUUACCAAAAGUGCAUUAGUCAAGAAGAAUCAGCUACAGGACAACCAUCUAAACGUCCAUUCAACAUUAGUCAAUCUCAAGCACUUCAAUCACCUGAUGUGAUCCGUAUCCUGUCAGAACAUUUGGAAAAACUACGUGAUAUCACUGAGCUCUUUUUGAACAGCAUUAUUAAUACAGUCAACACAAUGCCUUAUGGUAUGCGAGUCAUUGCAAGAGAACUUCGAUUAGUCAUGGAGGAAAACUUCCCUGAAGAAGCACCUGAAGAAAUCAACAAAAUCCUCGGUAACUUUUUAUAUUAUCGAUACUUGAGUCCUGUCAUCACAGCACCAGAACAAUACAUCUCUUUAUCUCACGAUAUCUCUUCACUUCAACGAAAGAAUUUGGCUGAAGUGUCUAAAAUGCUUCAACACAUCUCUAAUGGAAGUGAUUUUGACACGCGCAAUAUUCAACUCGGUGCUCUUCAUGAUUACGUGCAAACAUCUGCUAACCGUUUUACUCAAUGGUUCACCGAUCUUACAGAUGUAGAAGACCCUGAAGAACAUUUUGGUAUGGACCAUUUGUCUGACUAUACAAACACCAAGAAGCCUACUGUGUAUGUUCACCCUACUGAACUUUACCAUAUGCAUCAUUUGUUACAAGAACAUGUUGAUUUUAUUGAGCGAUCUAAUACGGGUAUUCUUCAUUCUAUUUUGGCUGAUCUAGGCGAUGCACCCUUAGAUGUUAAUAUGAGUGUGCCUUUGCAUGUACUUCGACUUGAACUAAGUGAUCGACGAGAUGGUAUUCCUUCUGAACAAGGGGGUGACGUCAAGAAACUCUUGUUGGAUACAAAGCGCCUUGUGAUUCUUGUGAUCCAAGUACAGUCAGGUCCUUCCUUGGAAGCCAUCUUUGAUGAGCCCGUAACUGAAGAGCAUGAGGCUAUCUGGGAAGUGGUUCGUGAGGAAGCAUUUCCAUCCAAAGGAACAGAACAAGAGAUUGAAAUGGCUGUCCGUGAAAGAAAUUUCAAGUUUGGCUAUAAAAAUGCUGCUAUGGAUGUGAAGAGCUUGAGUUUUGCCAAGCUAAAGUCAUUUGCGUUUAGUUUACAUAAUCACUUGAUGAAGCAUGGCAUUAUCCCAGAAAGUCCAGGCUAUCAAAGCAUUAUCAAUAUGAUUGCAGUCGAUAUUACCAAGAAGGGAGAACGUCGUAAACAACGCAACACAGAAAUCAAAAAACUUCAAAACAUCCUUUUGCAUUUGGAUGAAAAACGACAAUUCUUGAUUGGCCAAGGGGAAAGCUAUAAGGAAUACCUGGAUGGAUGCAUGAAAAACAUGGCAGAAAGAAGAGGCAAGAAGCAAAAGUUUGUCUUUCCAUUUACACGCCAGUAUUUUCACAUGAAGAAUUUACAACGACGUGGCUUGGUGCCUCAAUUUGGUUCUUUCAAGUAUUCUGCGAAGACCUUGUAUGAUCGUGGUAUCAUUCUGGAUAUCGCAGGUGUAUCCAAGAAGCUUUAUUCUCGUAUCACUUUGAUUCUGUCUAUGGAUCGUGCAGGCAUUGUUACCUUUGAGGGCUAUUUCCCUUUGUUGAAUACACAAGACUUACAUGUCGAUGUUCACUACGAAGACUUAUUGCAAACACAAUAUGAAGGCGUUCAAACCAUGAAAGUACUCGAUGGCAUAGCUACUGUUAAUGUCAACCUAUUGAUUUAUCUGAUCAACAAAAAAUUCUAUCAUACAGCAUAA